AUGAUGGUGGCCGCUACUCGACUUCCUGUAAUUGCUAUAUGUGGAACAACUGGUGUUGGGAAAUCGCAGCUAGCUGUUGAACUUGCCCUUCAUCUCUCCAAAACCGCUCCGAAUCGCGCGAGGAUCAUCAAUGCCGACGCUAUGCAAUGCUACGCGGGGAUGGACAUUAUAACCAAUAAAAUGCCCGAAGCCCAGAGACAUGGCGUCGAACACCUUUUAAUGGGAUUCAAGCAGCCUGGUGAACAGUACGUCGUUGGCCAAUGGGUGCAGGACUCCAUGAAGGCGAUAGAAGAGACCCACAAGCAGAACAAGAUACCCAUAGUCGUUGGUGGUACUUCAUACUGGAUCCAACACCUGCUGUUUCCGAACCGACUAUCACAAUCUGAGCUUCAUUUGCUGGACUUAUUCAACUCGCUUCCCGAACAUCCCCCAUCGGCUUCUGAUGAUCCAAAACUUGCCUUGUCGCUCCAUAAACUGCUAUCUUGUCUGGAUCCCAAGAUAGCAAUGAGAUGGCACUGGCGGGAUACUCGGAAGGUGCUCCGUAAUAUUGAAAUUGUAAGGGAGACCGGAAGGAUUCCCAGUUUAAUUCUUGGCGAGCAAUCUAAAGAGAGGGUAAAAACCAGGUAUGCUAUUCUCCUCUUUCCCUUCAAUCCUAUACUCAUUAUUGACCAAAGAUACCGUGCAUUGUGCUAUUGGUUAUACGCAGAACCCGAGGUCCUAAAUCCACGCUUGGACGCUCGUAUUGACGAGAUGAUAGAGGCAGGUCUUCUGAACGAGAUCAAGGAAAUGCGUCGUAUCGCAAUUGCAGGACCAAACGACGACACCUUUAACAGAGACACAGACUACACCCUUGGAUACAAGGAAUUUCACGAAUACCUGACUACCCAAGAUCCAUCCGACAGGUUAUUCCUCGAGUCUGUGGACAGUAUGAAGCACUCAACGAGGAAGUAUGCCAAACGCCAAAUAUCAUGGCUGCGCAAUAAAUUUUUACCUGUUGUCAACGAAGCCAACGCAGAAGGCUUUCUCACUCCUACAUACGUGCUAGAUGCAACCGACCCCGAGCAACCGUGCAUGAUCGAAGAGGGCACACAAUGGGAGGCCCACCGGAAGACGAAAGUACAUCGCCGUCUUGCAUCGAAAGAGAACAGGGUGCAGAUGCAGAUGAUGAUGAAGGCAGAGAAGCAGGCAGAGCGACGGAUGAAGCGCUCAAGCCCACAGCUCCCUGGGGGGUUAGGGAGCCAUCUACCGAAUGCUUCCGAGAGUUCUGGUCAAGUAAUUUUCCAGGCUACAUAA